UUGUCAUUAUAGAGCUGUGUAUCUUUUUAUUUUUAUUUUUUCUCAUUUUUUUAAAAAAAGAAAGAAAAAAGAUCAGCUGCUUGAAUGGUCCGUGACUCUGGUUAAGCUGGUUGUAAACACACUUGUGGAAGGCAUUCACAAUAAAACUGAUUAGAAAUAGAAUCGUGUCUAACAUUGCCAGUAUUGGGCUCACACUAAAGUAAUCAUGUGUAAAAAUAGACAUGCAAAAGAUGCACUCCAGUCUGCCAAAUCGACAUGCUGAUCAAUUUCUUUUGUUUUUUCCAUUUCUCUCAACCAAAUUAACAUUUCUCUGAAUACCUGCAACUGGUGUUCUCUCGUCUGUGAUAUAUGGCUAUGAGAUUGGAUGCGGUUGGCUGAACUGGUUUAUAAUACUAUAAUAAUAAUACACACCUAGCUCUUGACAUUGUUGGGUCAGACGCAUGGUAUCGCUGUGGUGUCAGUGUGGGUGAGCCGUUUGAAGCAGUGAGCUGUGGUACACACUGUCAGGCUAACAUUGCUGCAUAUACAGUGUACCUGCCAAAAGGAGCCCACUGAGCUAUUUAUAUAAUAUCCAUUGAUACUGCGUCAGCCAUUGAAAUCCAUUGCAGUCCAGCGUGAAUACAUGUGCCUUUAAAGUCGACAUUCCUGUUGAGAAAGAGGCCUCUGCUAGGCAUCGGAGCACCAAACGAACAGGCCCAGCAAGUAAUACAUUCUAGUUUAUAUCGGUGAGAUGGCCUGGCCUGUCACUGAGUACCUGUAGCCGAGUGACAGGAGAAGAAAUGCGGCAGCACCCUAAAAACACGGUCUAAGUAAAAGUGUAGCUCAGUCCGGGUAGUGGACACAGAGAGAUCCUUUACGCUGAAACUGGCACGCUUUUACCUGCACAGUGAUUCGUUGUGACAGGUGUACUGGUAUAUAUUUUUACUUACCUGGGACGACACUCGCUCGGAUUAUGGUGCAGGUGUGCUAAAAGGAACAUCUGUUUAGAUAGACAGGACAGUGGUUUAAAAAAAUCCUACAACUUUUUUUUUCGUUUAUCUGGCUGAGUGGUGAAAGAUUUUCGUUGUUUUCGGAAGAAGAUUUAAAGUUGGUGACAGCAAAUGAUACAUGUGGCUUAGUGGCGGUGAACCAUGUCAUUUGCAAAUGGUUAUGGAUUUAUUCCCAUGGAAGAAGAUGCAGUUCUUCCUGACACACCCAUGUCAUGGUAUGAGCAGAACCGACUCAAACAUACAGAUGAGAGGGAUGCCGUUCAAAAGAAGACAUUUACCAAAUGGGUGAACAAACAUCUACUUAAGGCUGGCCGGCGGAUAGUGGAGCUGUAUGAUGAUAUGCGCGAUGGACACAACCUGAUCUCACUGCUGGAGGUGCUUUCACAUGAAGUUCUCCCCCGAGAACGUGGGCACAUGCGGUUCCACAAGAUUCAGAAUGUACAAAUCUGCCUCGACUUUCUCAAGAUGAAAGGGAUCCGCCUUGUAAAUAUUCGGUCAGAUGAAAUUGUUGACGGAAACCCAAAACUGACGCUUGGUCUCAUCUGGACCAUUAUUCUUCAUUUCCAGGUGUCUGAUGUGGUUGUCCCGGGCCAGCCUGAACACAUUACCGCCCGUGAUGCACUACUGUUGUGGAGCCGGCGCACCGUGGAGGGAUUUCCCGGGGUACACAUCAAGGAUUUCUCCAGUAGCUGGAGGGACGGAAAAGCAUUCCUUGCCAUUGCACAUCGACACAGACCCGACCUCGUAGACGUCCGACAAGCCAAACAGAGCAGCAACAAACAGAACCUAGAGACGGCUUUCAGACUGUACGAGCGAGAGUUUGGAGUCACGCGAUUGCUUGACCCUGAGGAUAUUGAUGUGCAACAGCCCGAUGAGCGAUCUGUGAUCACCUACGUGUCUUCUCUGUACGAUGUCUUUCCCGAAGUCCCCACUGUAGAGCAAUCACUCAGAGAUAAUGAGCGACAACUGAAGACAGAAGAGUACCAGGACUUGGCGUCUUCUCUCCUGUCCUGGUUAAUGUCGACCAUCGGCAUGCUGGAACAGCGAGACUUUCCCUCCACACUCAUAGAAAUAAAGAAAAGACUGUCUGAUUUCAACCGGUUCAGACUGGAAGAGAUUCCUCCCAGAUUAGAGACCAAGCAAAAACUGUUGAGACUGUUCGAGGAGAUACAGGGUUUGACAGCAGACUCCUCUCAGACGGGCAUCAAUGAAGAACUUCUGCCAGACAAUAUCAUCCGUCUGUGGAACAAGUUCGUCGCUGUGCAACAAGAAAAAGACAUGGCCUUCCAGGCUGAAAUUCUUAGAUUAGAGCGACUGCAGCGACUGGCCGAGAAGAUCCACCGCGAGGCGAAGUACAAUGAAGACACGUUGCGCGACCAGGAGAAGAGGAUCGGUGAGGAGGAGGCGCGCGUUGACGUUGUGCACCCCUUCGAGGCCAAGCGCAGCUGCGACAACAUCGACCGCUCACUCCGGACCGUCGAGGAGAACCUCAGAGGCCUCUUUAGGGAUCUACACAGUCUCCAAGAUGGGAAAUAUCCUCAAGCAGAUAACUUGUAUAAAAGAAUCUCUGAUAUUCAGUCGGAACUGUCUCAGCUGAGAACCCGCCUCUACAGCAACGUCAUUCAGAGGCUGUUGUCCAAGUCGUAUGUGGAGGAAGGAAAAACCACGAUACGCAGGACGGAAGUCGUCACCGAGGUCAGAAUGGUGGAGACACAUCCAGCCUUCAAGCACGUCCAAGACUGCCUAGACUGGAUCGAAGAGAAACAGAAACAGAUAGAAGCAGCAGAAUAUGACAGUGACCUGACCCAAGUAGAGUUGUUGAUACAAACUCAUCACCGCGAACACCAGGAAGUCGUAGCAUUCCGCAGAGAAAUUGACAGGUGUAUAAACGAUAGGAGAACCUUGUCAGAAGAAGAACAAAAGCUUUACACCCAAACCUUAUCCAAAGUAGAAGUGGCAUAUUCCUUGCUGUCUAACACAUCGAUGCGUCGUCAGAAGUGUCUGGAGUCGCUAUACGAGUUCCUGCAGGCAUCCACCGCGGAGCUGCUGUGGCUGAGUGAGAAGGAGGAGCUGGAGAUACGCAGAGACUGGGGCUCGCACCAGCUCAGUUUGGCCGACGUCGAGGAUCAACACAAGACCCUGGUUCGCCAACUCGAGGAUCAGGAAUCUCAGUUUAAUGCUGUCCAGGAGAAGGGAGGAGCCAUGAUCCUAGACAGACACCCGGCAUCGAAAGUCGUCGAAGCAUACAUGGCGACGAUGCAGUCACAGUGGUCCUGGCUUCUUCAGCUGACGGCCUGUCUGGAAAGUCACCUCAGACACUCCACCUCCUACUUCCAGUUUUUCGAGGAGUGUCACCACUGUGAUCAGUGGAUCGCCCGACAAACGGACCAACUACAGAACCGGUACGCUCGUGAUGUUGUUUCCAGUGAUGAGGGACAGCACAUGAUGCGAGAUCUUCAGGCUGUACAGGAGCAAAUUAAAGAAUAUGACCGCCGUGUUUCAUCAUUAGUUCUUCGAAGUACAGAGAUACUGCCGAUCCACCAACGUAGUCAGCCAGUGCAGGAUUCGGUCAGAGUGCGAGCUCUGUGCAACUGUCAGCAAACAGAAGUCAGUUUCCAGAAAGGAGAAGAAUGCAUGUUACUGGACAACUCGCAACACGCCCGGUGGAAGGUGAGGACCGCAGUGGGUCUUGAGGCCGUCAUUCCCUCUGUGUGUUUCAUCAUCCCACCUCCUGACCCAGAAGCAAUAGAAAAGGCCAACAGGCUAAAACUUCAGAUAGAACAUCUUCAGAAUUCAUGGAAAACACAAUACCGAAGAUUGCGACUCAAUAUGGUGCUAGCAACUAUACGACUUGUCAAAGGCUGGACUCUGAAACAGUUCAUGGCCAUGGAUCCGAGCCAGAGAGAGGCAAUAUGGCGGGCCCUGCAAGACGACGCGGAGAAACUGCUUUCGCGAGGCGUGGAAGGCGACGCGGACCUGAUACGUCUGGAGAGAGAGCUGAAGGAGUGUCACCAGAUCUUCCUGCAACUCUCCGCGGAGGCAGCAGCAGAAGAGGCACGUCAGAUGAGAACCCCGUCUCAAGACUUCCUCCAGCAGCUGGACACCAUCAACCGGAACCUCAGCAUGUGUGAUCAGCAGCUGUCCACCCUGCUGCACAAACCGGUUCCUAACAGUCGCGACUCUCUCACACAGGCCACAGAUAACUAUGAUGUUUUUGACAACAGUCUGAAUGCGUGUGAGAACAGUGUGCUGGAACUACAGUCAUCCUACCUCUCGGUGACACCCCAGACCUCCCAGGUGGAAUCUCGUCUCAACCUAGUUGUGCAGAAAUUUGAUCAGCUCAAGGCAAUUUCACACAUCUAUGUACAGAGAUUGAAGAAUGCCGACCUGGUCGUGUCUGGACUGGAGGAGGUAAAGCAGAUUGUUUCGGACUACGAGAUCACACUGGCGUCUCACGAAAACAUGACCUCUGAGUUGAAGGGUCUCAGAAACCACAAGGAAGAACUUCAGGACCUGCAGUCGUCCAUACAGCAGCAGCAGCCUAAGAUUGACACACUGAAACGUGACACAGCGACGCUGAGGACCCUGGUCGAGAACAGCCGACCCGGACUCACCCACCACCACGACCUGGACACCAUCGAGAAGGAUGUCGAAGACGUUGGGGCACGCUGGGACAAUGUGUGCAUUCAAGUUGUUGAGAGACUGCGCAGUGUGGACACAGCCGUUGACCAUGCCUCCCUGUACCAGAAUGGUUUGGUUGGUGAGCAGGACUGGAUCGACCAGAUGCAGGCUCGUAUAGAAACACAGGCGCCACUUAAUGGAGACGUGGACCAGGCCAAGAAACUCCUAGAACCGUCAAUGUCAAUAUACAACUCGCUGGGAGAACGUAGACACCAGAUUGAAUCAGUAAACCGUCAUGGUGGCCAGUACAUCAGGGAAGCCAAGAUUCACGACAAACGGCUGCGCCAGUACCGUGAGAGCCUGGAGAACGUGGACUUUGAGCUGAUCACCAGUGUGUGUAAGAAAGUCAAACACCAGGAUGGGGCAGAAAGUGUCAAGGUGGACCUUGACUCGGUGAAUGCUCGCUACAUGGAGAUGGUUAAAUGGUCAAGCACCCGACUCAAGGAUAUCACCGCCAUCCUGUCUCAAGCCGAUGUUGAUGUACAGUUCCAGAUGGUUAUUGAUGAUGAAAUUCCACUACUAAGAACAUUCCGUGCAGAGUUGGCGAAACGGUCGUCUAUGCUGUUUGAUGAAGACAUGGAGGGGUUCUUCCACCAGCUGUCUGAAUUCGAAGGAUAUGGGAGUUUUUCUGGAUCCUAUUAUGGAGCUGGAGACCCACCUAUCAUCAUCAAACCAGGUGCUACUGCUACUGCCGAGUUCUCAUCAGAGAGGAACACUCGUGUGAAACAUAUGGAUACAUCAACGGUCAAACUUCCAUCAUCGGGGGAGCAGCAUUUGGCUCAGCUUUCAUUUGCUUUGAGUCAGGCUGAAACAGCAGCCCCAAAACAAAGUGAGCAGCAGACUUUAAUAACUGUCAAGACCAGUGAUGUGUCUUCUCGUGGUCCUGCUCUUUGUGCAUCAGCGAUUGUAAACCCACAAACCCACGAGAACCUUACCCUUGUAGAGGCUAUUCAAACUGGGUUAAUUGAUCCUGUUAGUGAAACAUAUGUCAAUCCUAUUUCCAGGCAGAGGAUGCCGUUACGUGAAGCAGUUUCCCAAGGACUUAUUGCAGACAGUUUGUACAAACAGCUGACAUCUUCCUCGGGAAUUCGAGAUCCUAGGACCAAUAGGGAAGUUAAUGUGAUAGAGGCAGUGGGAAGAAAUCUGUACAACCCAGUAACAAAUACAGUUAAAGACCCACACACAGGUGAAACAGUUCCUCUUCAGGAGGCUGUGUCUCGUGGACUGGUGUCAGAAUCCUGCAGAUCUUCACUGCUAGGUCAGACUGUUAGUCUGACUGCCAUUACACACACUCAAGCCUUGUUCUCCACCAGUGAUCUUUCAAAGUCUGAAGCCACCCUUAGUCUGGUGCAGGCCAUUGAUAAGGGCUUGUAUGACAGAGCAAUGGGAACGAUCACUGAUCCUGUGACAUGGAAACAGAUGUCCAUACUGGAAGCUGUAGAAAGUGGUAGAAUCAAUGCUAGCUGUUGUGAGAUUGUUGAUCCAGACCAUGGGAAUUCUAUGUCCUUGACAGAUGCUGUGAAAAAAGGUGUUAUAGACCCUGUGUCUGGUGUGUAUAUUCACAAAAAAACCAACAAGAGAAUACCUCUGGAUGAGGCUGUGAAACGUGGGUUACUACACUGCCCAACUUCACUUCUGGAUGUAGUGGUUGAUGGGUCACUGCUGGAAGAUGGCAAAGUUUAUGACAAAACAUCGGGUCAAACAGUUUCGCUUGUUGAAGCCAUAAAUUCAGGGCAAAUUGAUGGCGAUAGGAAGUGCAUUAUGAAUCCCAGAACAAAUGAGAUGACAUCUCUUCGUACUGCAGUAGAAAGUGGUUUGAUAAAUUCCAAAGGAAACUAUGUGUCUCCAGAUACCCACAGACAAAAAACGUUAUUGGAGGCAUUGCAACAAGGUGACUUGAAGUUGGUCAACGAAGAGAUUUCAUUUUCCAGAAGUGGUGUAAGAGACUCUUCCAAAAACCAAACAGUUUCCGUUGCAGAAGCAUUGAAGAGAGGUAUAAUAACAAAGAAAGGCACAUACAAAGAUUCAAAAACUGGUUCAGAAAUGACCAUAAAGCAAGCUGCAGACCGUGGCUUUAUUGACCCAUCACUUGUUGGUUUACUUAACCAGAAAACAGGACUGGUUGAUAGGUUAGGUCAACACAUUUCCAUUUUGAAUGCUAUUGCACAAGAAAUAAUUAUUCCCGAGGAAGGUGUGAUUAAAGAUGUGAGGACUGGGCAAACCCAUACAUUCCAGUAUGCUGCCACACAGGGUAUUAUUACACCUGAUGAAGCCAAAGAUAUCCUUGAGUUGAUCAGUCCAGUUAUUACAUCUACCUCCAUCUUGACACGAAUUCAUCCUUCCAAACAUGAAACUGUGAUGAGAUCCAUAACAAUUUCAGAAGCAACUUCUCGUGGUUUGCUGGAUGACCUCACACAGAGAUACACUCAUCCUGAAAGUGGUCAGUCGAUGUCUGUAGAAGAAGCCAUUGAGAAGGGUUAUCUAAGUCUUUCAUCCCAGUGGCCUGAUACAUCAGUGUUCAAAACCUUUGAUGAGGUGGAUACCAGUAGUAGAACAUAUAAAUACACCUCAGAGACAGUUAGUGAAACCAAGCCAGUACAAUCUUCUGUGUCUGCUGCUGCUGCUGCAUCUGUUGAAUCAAGCUUUAUCACCAAAGCUGGUGGGAGUUAUUCAUUUACAAUGACAAGUGUUACCCGUCCCUCUAUUACACAAAACAUGAUUUCAGAGACACGGCGCAUGACUUUGAAGUCGGUUGUUGAUCCAAAGACUGGUAAAGAGAUUAAUAUAACCGAGGCCAUGAAGAAAGGUCUCAUUGAUCUAGAUGCAGGCACCUACAGAGAUCCAGUUACCAAAUCAACAAUGCCUUUGAACAUUGCAGUUGAAAAGGGAUACAUCAUUGCUGAUCUCGUUUCAGAGCCAUCUGCAGAUAGUGGGGAACCUAUCAAAGAGACCAGAUCAUUUUCCAUAACAGGAGUGAUACAUCCAAAAACUGGAGAACGUCUAACUGUCAGUCGUGCUAUUCAUGAUGGAAUACUGGACCAAGACCGAGGGGUUUACCAUGGCCUUGACAAGCUGGGUAGACCUUUGAUGAUGCCCAUCAGUGAAGCCAUACAGAAGGGUUUUGUAAUUGCUGAAGACAUCACAACAACUGUAUUGCUACCUGGAUCCAUGCUGAGGGAAACCAAAACAUUCAUGCUUAAGAGUGUUGUCCACCCAUUGACUGGGAAGAUACUUUCAGUGGCUGAUGCCGUGGAACAAGGCAUCAUUGAUGAAUCUGAAGGAAUGUAUAUCAACCCCGUUACAGGAGUCAAGAUAACUAUCAAUGAGGCAAUAGAGAAGAAAUUUAUUGAUGCUGAACUGACUUCUGUGACAUCUGAUGCCGACGUUGAUGUCAAUAAGAUAACAACUACCAAGUUCUCAACACUGGUAGUCACAGCUGUGGUUGAUCCCAGCACUGGCAGACUCAUCACUGUGCACAGAGCUAUCGAGGAAGGCAUCUUGGAUCAAGCAAAUGGAAUUUACUACAAUCCAAUAACCAAGAAAUCUAUGCAGCUUAGUGAAGCUAUUGACAACAAUUUGGUUUUAGUAGAGACAACAAAAUCAACUGACGAAACUGAUCGAUCUAGCAUCACUAGCAUUCAUAUUACUGAUGAACAGGAAUCAAGCGAUUGCAUACUUGUUGAAGACAUCCACACUGAAACUAUGACAUUAAGUAUCAGUAAAGUGAUAGACCCAAGAACAAUGGAAAUGGUUUCAUACAAUGAUGCUGUUCUCUCGGGCAUCUUGAAUGUCAACGAAGGAGUUUACUUCAACCCAGCAACUGGUGAAACAAUGGCUAUUACCACUGCUAUGGAGAAAGGCUUGAUUCAUGGAGAAGUAACCGACAAAACCAGGGAAGAAGAACUGAUGAGAAGUUCAGUAGUUUCAGAGAAACCAGCUUUUUCAUUAAAAAUGAUAACAUCAGUGAUAGAUCCACGGACAGGAAAGCAAAUAUCAGUAGGGAGAGCUGUCCGAGAAGGUUUAGUGGAUGUUGAUAAAGGCACUUUCAGAGACACAAGAACUGGUGAGACAAUAAAACUGGAACAUGCUUUUAAGCAGGGGUUUAUUAAUCCAUCAAAACAUAGUGAUGUGGCUCAACUUGAAAAAUCUAUGGAUGAAGAAGAUGCUUUUGAAUCCAAAGUUCUUUGUAGAAAAGCCACUGAUAAUGAAAAUCAUUGGUCACUCGUUGAAAUGGAACUGGAAAAAACAACAUCGGAGGAACCAGAAGAAUCGGCUGUUGCUAGAGAGGUGCUGCAUUAUUCUACUGAAAUUGAGAGUCACAGUCCAUUGGAUCUCUCCUCAGACUCCUUAGAAAGGAAAGGUGAAUCAUUUUUCACUCCUCCAAAAUCGGCAGAACCACUGGGAAUUUCUUAUCUUGUUGCAACUAAGCUGGGAAUUAUUGAUUUGAAAACUGGAAAAGUACGAGAUCCAAAAACUGGAAAAUUGAUGACCCUUCAACAAGCUAUUGCAUCGGGUUUGAUUGAUCAAGACAAACCAGCAGUAUGUGACAGAACUGGGAAGAUGUUAUCACUCAGAGAGUGUUUACACAGAAACUUGAUUAACCCACAAACUUGCCAGUUAGAAGCUUCCAGGGCUAAGCUUGAGGGUUUAAGUCAGCCACAGAAAAUAGACAAAAUAAACUUGCUUGAUGCUUUCCACAAUGGACUUUUCAAUUCACAAACAGGAAAGAUUUAUGAUCCAGCUUCAGGAAAGUAUUAUUCUCUCCAAGAAGGCCUGGCGAAAAACAUGCUAGAUGGUGCUAUGGUGACUGUUAAGGAUACCCAAACUGGAGAGAGGGUGCCACUUAAACGUGCAUUAGUGCAAGGCCUCAUUGAUGGCAAUCAGUGUUUAGUGUGGGAUAAGGCUGCAAAUAAGAGACUUCCUUUUGGAGUAGCAGUAGAAAAAGGCUUGGUUCAAAAUCUCUUUGAUGACACAACAGGAAAUAUUUUAGAUGUACACACAGGCAAAUUCAUUCCUCUGGACAAAGCUCUCAUUGAAGGGAAGUUGAAAUCAACGGAUGUCACAGUUUUGGAUCCCAAGACUGGUAGCAAGAUUUCAUUGGAGACAGCACUUCGAAGGGGUUUGGUAGAUAGAUCUGGUGAUGUACUAGAUUCUAGGACAGGUGAGAAGAUGUCUGCGGAUGAAGCGCUGAAAAUGGGUUUGCUGGCCAUAGUUGGUGCUCCAAUUCUUGCUGGGAAAAUGGUUGUGGAUUCUGUUAAACGAAGACAUGGCUCUAAACCAAAGAGACCAGCAGAGAUGGUCGACAGCCAUGUAAACGGUAUUAAUGGUGACGUAAGACAGCAAGACAUUUCAAAACCUAGGACAACCAUUGUUUUUGCACGUCCAGGUGAUCAGAUCCAACCCACAAAACCUAGACAGGACUUUGAUCAGUCAGAUCAGCUGUCGGAGAUGGUGCGGGACAAUGACAUGGGCCGACUUGUCGACUCUUACGACAAGCUUUUCCAGGAGCUGAAAACAGAGAUUUCGAAGGUCGGUGACCUUGAGCGUAUUCUGAAGGAGGAUCACCAGAUUGGAGAUGAAGCGUAUCAAGUCCAGAGUCAGCUGGAGACACAGAAGGCUGUACAUGAGGAUAUUCUGAGUCAUCAGCAGCGUAUUCUGUCGCUGGUGUUCCAGGCCGAACAGCUCACAGAGAACUACCAGGAGGAGCUAACUCCGGAACAAGUCACAGAAAUACAAUCCCUGGCGACCAGUCUCAAAUCUUCACUCGACAAGGUUGUGAAAACAUCUGAGAAUCGUUUGAAGCACCUGACAACAGCAGCAGAAGAAGUAGUGAAGUUUGAAGAUGAGCUUGGCAAGAUGACAUCGUGGCUGACCCUGGCCGAGAAUGAGCUGGACAGACAGGAGGAAUGUUUGAGGAGAUUCGAGGACUUCAAGCCUCUCGCUGAGAAACAAAAGACCCUUGUUGCGGAUGUCAUGAGCCACCAAGCUGAGCUUCGCUUUAUGUCCUUGACCUCACAGAAGUUUUUGGAAGAAGCCAAGCUACACAAACUGGAAGUGGAUAGUUUUAAAUCUGAUCGCCAGCGACCCGCCCGACUGAGUCUGAUCAGUAUGGAAGGCCUGGCCGCGGAGGGAGUCCGAGACGGGCUGAAGGACGCGACCACCCGUUACCACGAUCUAAAAAACAACUGUAACACGUUCGGGGACAAGCUGGCCGACCUGGCCGCCAAACAGCGCGAGUACAACGACGUGGCCUUCAAGAUGCUGUCCUGGCUGACCAACUCCGAGGACCGGCUCAUGUCCAUCAAACAGGACAGUGGGUCACCGGACCCCGAAAUCCUGGAGCAGCAGCUCAACAAGCUUAAGGCUCUCGGCAGUGAGGCAAUCGGUCAAGGCACGGUCAUUGAUGACCUGCAACACAAAGGUCAAGAUUUGACGAAAACUCUUCGCGGAAUUUCAGCGGAUCCGAUUCAGGUACAGAAAAUGGAAGACACGAUGACAGAGAUCACAGACCGUCACUUAUCUCUGCAGACAGACAUUAGUGAACAGACGAACGCUCUUCAGGCCUCGAUUACCAAGUCUCAGGGAGUGCACGAGGCGGUGGAUGGUCUGUUGUCAUGGCUCGACAAGACUGACCAAACUCUGAGGAACCUGCAGCCAGUUAGUUUGAACAGAGACGGUCUGAACCGGCAGUACCAGGACUUCCAGACCGUGUCAUCGGACGUAGACCACCACAAAGCUAGCAUUGGUUCGGUACAGCAGACGGCGCAUGAUCUCAUCAAAACAUGCGACCUUGAAAUGGCAAGGUCACUGGAAUUGCGCCUGGAUGACGUGGAUAAACGGUACAGAGAGGUUCAAGAAAAAUGCAGAACCCGAAACAAGGAUCUGGAAGAAGUGUCGGACAAACUGAGAAACUUCCAGAAUCUCAAGGACGAACACAAUUCCUGGAUGCAGACGGCUAUUGACAAGCUGGAUUCCAAAGAGCUUGGCAAGCUGCCAAGUGAUGAGAUGAAGAAUGAAAUUGAUGCCAUCAUGAAGGAGAAACAGCAGCGUCAGGGAGCGAUUGCCGAUCUGAAGCGUAUCGGCAACGAGCUGGUGAAGGACCCGAGGACCGGCGAUGUGUCGUCUCUGAAGGACGGACUGAUUGGAGUGGAGCGGAACUGGAACCAGCUGGUUCAACUGCUGGAUGAGAAGGAGAGAGAGGCCGACCUCAAAGAGAAGCAGGGCAACGAGUUUGAGAACGCCAAGAACAUCAUGCUGCUGUGGCUCGCGGCCAUAGAGGACCGCAUCAACUGCUUUGAUCCAGUCGCCAUCGAGAUCGACAUUGUUGAGAAACAGAUAUCAGAGUUAGAGCCAAUGCUUGAAGAAUAUGAAGAACAGGGAGCAAAGGUUGAUGAAGUAAAUGACCUUGGCAAUGGCCUUGAGGCCCUUCAGUCAUCAGACCGACCUCUAAGUCCCAUACGACGGUUCGGACGCCUAGGAUCCCGGCGUUUACUGUCUCCUCGUCUGCGCACUCCUUCCCCAACUUUCCCCGCCUCACCUUCUAGCGAGUCGAGUGGCAUUAGUAGCAGAAAGAGCUCCUCGGACAACUUCCUGCUUGAUGACCUGUCUGAGACACAGCAGCAGCUGCUCGACAUCAACCAACGUUACGACAUCGUGGGUGAGCGUCUGGCUGACCGCCAACAGGAACUCCAGAACGUCCUCAGCAGCAUCAAGACAUUCCUGCAGGAUCUCCAGGAUAUGCUAUCCUGGCUCGACAUCAAGGAUCAGGAGACAAACGCCAACCAGUCAGUGCCUACCAGUGAGAAGGAGGCCAAGAGGAAACUGAAAGAUCAUGAGAAAUUCCACCACGAGUUGGUUGGGAAGGAGGGACUGGUUGAAGACAUUAGGAAGAAGGCUCAACACUUGCUGAGAACAAGACAAGGCGUCAAAGGGUUGGACUCGUUACAACAACAACUGACAGAUCUAGAUGACAAGUGGCACGGUCUGCGAGCGUCGUCAGAACAGAAGCGUAAGAUGCUGGAGGAUGUGGUGACGGACCUGCAGAACCUGCGUGAGAACGGGGAACAGCUCACCAAGUGGCUCAGUCAGAAGGAGAAGAUGAUGGAUGUGCUAGGGCCCGUCGCUGUCGAGCCCUCGCUCGUCCAGAACCAGAGAGACCAAGUCAAGGUCCUACAAGAGGAGAUGGCGAGUCAGGAGCCUCUGUAUGACCAGUUCUUCCAGGCCGGCCACUCCAUCCUCGACAAGUGUGAGCCCGACUCACGCGACAGUGCCAGUGUGAGCAGGAAGCUCGAGUCUGUCGGCAAGUCCUGGGACCGGCUCCAGGCCCGACUCAAAGACCGUGAGUCCAACCUGAAGGCCAUGGAGAGCAUGGGGUCGGACUUCUCGGACGUCACACAGAAGCUGGGAGACAAACUCAACAAGCUGAGCACCAGUCUGGAAAGUCUGGCUCCUGUCAACCCUUGUCCUGGUGGCCAAAAGCUGCAGGCCAAAGAAAUGAUGACCUUGGAAGAAGAGCUAUCAGAAAUCAUGCCUCUGAUGGCUCGUGCCAAGGAACUCUCCAAACAGCUCUGUGACAAGACCAAAGACUCGGCUACCAAAGCAGAAACCAGAUCCAAGUUGGCUCGAUUAGAGAAAUCGUUUGGUGAUGCCAAAAAGAAACUGGAUAACCGAAAAUCCACCCUCGAUUCCGCGGGUAAGGCUGGUGAGAAGUUCGCGUGUGACUGUGAGGAGACGUUGGGCUGGGUGAAGGAUGCAAUCCGCCAGAUCCGCGAGGGUGAGCCAGUGUCAGGAGACGCCGGAGCCUUGAGGCAGCAGGCCCAGCAACAUAAGGGUAUCCAACAAGACAUUGCAAGCCGAGAGCCUGACAUCCGCGAGCUACUCGACAAUGGCUCUAAGAUCCUGGAGGACACGGUUCCAUCGCAUGAGACCCAGCAGCUGCUGGACAUGCUGGAGACGAUCCAGUCGGACUGGGACUACCUGCGGGAUGUGGCGCGCACCAAGGAUGACAAGCUGGCGCGCACGAUGGCCCACGCCGAGAAGUACCACGAGAACCUCGACAAGAUGCUGCUGUGGCUGCAGCUGUCCGAGGACAAACUCAAGAAGGCCCAACCGCAGGAGUGGAACAAGGACGCCGUUGGAAAAACGCUUAAAGAACUCCAGGCCUUACAGAAAGAUGUGUUGAAGAAGACUCAUGACCAUGACAAUCUUAACCGCGAGGGUGAGGCCCUCAUUGGGUGUGUCGAAGACGGACAGCCAGAAAUUGAACAACAGCUGAAGAGCAUCAACGAGAGAUGGGAAGACCUGAACUCAGAGAUGGGUGAGCGGACCGUGGGACUGGAGGAUCUACAGCAGCGCCUCGUGGAAAUCAGCGACAACAUCAACGACGCUAAUGGCUGUCUCCGCAAGUGGGACGACAAACUACAGACUCACCUCAGCAUGGGGGCCAUCUCAAAGGAUCCAAAAUAUUUUGACAAAAUCAAGUCGAUCCAGGAAGAUGUGUCGGGACUUCAGUCUCAGCUGGAUUACCUGGAGGCGCUCACCGACGGCAUUGAUGUGGAUGUGGUGGAUGCUCCUGGCCCCUCCGGUCUCCAUGACGACGUCAGCGCCAUUAAGAACAAACAGCAGGAUCUGCAGGGAAAGCUGGGAGAGCUGUUGUCAGAGAUGGAGACCGGCUCGCAGGUUGUGGACGAAUUCCAGAAUCUCGUGAAGUCUGUUGGCAAUGAUCUGUCCGACAUGGAGGAUGAACUCAACAGGAAGGAGCCUGUUGCCAGGGACGACUACAUGCUAGACUCGCAGAAAGACGAAAUUCAGGAUUUCCUCACGCGACUUGGCGACAAGUCUGAUGACCUUGUACAGGUGGAAAACAAGGGCAGAGAACUCGUACGAGCAGGAUACGUAACUGACCCAAAGAAACUGCAAUCCCAGAUCGAUGGAUUGGCUAAACAACACGAAAGGCUUGCUGGUCGAGCCAAUCAGAGGAAGGCUGACAUACAGGGCAGUAAGAAGAAGGUUGAGAAACUGAACUCCGAUCUGAAGAAGACGCGAGAUCGUAUCGAGACUGCCGCUAAGGAAAUCGACAGCUUCAAGCCUGUCGGUGGGCAGGUCAAGGCCAUACAGCAAGAACAGGCAGUACUCAAGGACUUCAUUAAGAGAAAAGUGGACCCCCUACAAAAGCAGUUUGAGACCGUGAGUGCUGAGGGUCAAAGCUUUGUUCAGUCGGCACCCUCUGGUGUUGACACGUCGGAGAUGGAGUCCGAUUUGGAGGUGCUAGGAGACAAGUGGUCUGAACUCACACAAAAGGUUUCGGAAAGAGAGCAGAAUUUGGCAUCUGCUUUUAUACACUCCGGAAAGUUCAACGAAGCUCUGGAUUCUCUCCUCUCUUGGUUGGCCGAGACAGAAGACCUAGUAGCCAAUCAGAAGCCACCAUCGCCAGAACAUAAAGUUGUCAAGGCUCAGCUCCAAGAACAGAAAUUUCUUCAGAAGAUGCUGGUUGACCGAGCUCCAAGUGUGCAGUCAGUGCAGGAGUCGGCAGCCAAACUGGAAUCUAACCUGGACCCAGCUGAGAAGCGGAAGGCCCAGAACCAGAUGAAGGAGCUGGCCUCUCGCUGGGACGCUCUCAACAAGAAAGGUUCUGAUCGCAUGAACACUCUGGAAGAGGUCCUCGUUCUGGCCAAGGACUUCCAGGACAUUCACGACCCGAUGCUGACCUGGCUCGAUGAAAAAGAGAAGAAAUUUGCUUCACUGGAACCUAAGACUCUUGAUACAGAAGGAAUUAAGAAGCUGGUCAAAGAUUUGAAGGCUCUUGAAAAGACAAUUGAUGAUCAGGAUGAUACAGUCCGAGACAUAGCAGUGAAGGGCAAAGGUUUACAGGACUAUUGCAAAGGUGAAGAUGUUGUCCAUGUCCAGAUGAAGAUAGACAAUGUACAAAAGCGAUACUGUGACCUCAAGAACAAGGUCGAGGAUACCCUGGAACAGAUGGAAGAAGCUCUCCCAUUGGCUCAGAGGUUCCAGGAUGCCCAUGAGAAGCUUGUUGAUUGGAUAGCUAAGGUGGAACCAGAAGUCCGGUCCAAGGACGUGACAUGUCCAGAGGCAGAGGAACAUGUUCAGUCACUGCUGGACAAGGUGGAGGAGAUCCAGCCCUUGUUGGAGGUGCUCACAUUGGAAGGGUCCGAGCUGGCUGACCUCGCCCCUGGGGACACCGGUCUCCGGGUGGAGGACCUCAUCUCCAAGGACAACAAGAAGUUUGAGGACCUCAAGGACCAGGUGAACAAGCUGGCAGAGAAGGUUCAGCUGUCGAGACAGAAAUCCAGCGAGGUUAUUGCUGAGUUGGAUGAUCUGGUUGAGUGGUUUGAUGAGGAAGAAGGAAAACUCCUUGACAGUGACCCCAUCAGUUCCAACUCAAGCAAAUUGCAGGGUCAACUGGCACAACAGAAGGCCAUCAAUGAUGACAUAAACAGCCAGAAAGCCAAGGCUCGUGAUGCUAUUGCAAUGGGGAAGAAACUAAUGCGAGAAAAUUCCCUUGAAAACGAAACACCAAUUCGAGAAAAGAUGGACGCGCUGAAACAAAAGGCUGAUGCUGUGUCGAGGAUGAGCAACGACCGUCUGGGUAAGCUGGAACAGGCGCUGCCCCUGGCUAAACACUUCGCUGAUACACAUGAGGAUCUGGUGUCCUGGCUGGAGGAGAUGGAACCGGCCCUUGCAGAACUCGAGGUCAUGACCAUUAAUGCUGACCAGGUCAAGAAACAGCAGGAACGAAUCAAGGCUCUGAAACAAGACGUGGUGGACCACAAGCCGACGGUGGACCGCCUCAACAAGACAGGGGCGGCUCUCUUACAGCUGUGUGGCGAGCAUGACGCGGAGAAAGUGCAGAAGACUCUUGACGAUGACAACAGUCGCAUCGAGAAGGUGCGCAGUGGAGUGCGAGAUAGAUCCAACUCCAUUGACGAAGCCCUGCAGCAGUCCGCAGAUUUCUCAGACAAACUUGAGGAUAUGGUGGAGAACCUGACUGCGACAUCUGAACAGGUCGCCAAUGCUGAACCAAUCUCGGCUCAUCCCGACAAACUCCGGGAACAGAUUGCAGAAAACAAGAAUAUUGUUGAAGACAUGCAGAUGCGAGAGGCAGCCCUGGAGUCGGUUCGAUCCACGGCAGAGGAACUUCUCAAACAGGCCGGAGACUAUGAUGAUGAAGCUGUCAAAGAUGUGAAGCAGAAGCUGGAUGAGCUGCUGAAACUGUACGCUGAUAUCCAGAACAACACGGACGCGCGCGGCCGUAACCUGGAGGACACUCUUGAGGUGUCCGAGAAGUUCUGGGACGACCUCAACUCGCUGAUGGGCACGCUCACUGACCUCCAGGAGAACGUGGCCGGUCACGAACCACCCGCCAUCGAACCCGAGGCCAUCCGCGAACAGCAGGAGGAACUCGAGGCGUUGAAGGAAGACCUGCAGGCGACCCAGGCGGACCUGGAGGACACCCACAACACCGGGGACCAGCUGAUAUCCCUGGUGGGAGAAACGGACAAACCCGAGGUCCAGAAGAACAUCGAUGACCUGGACUCUAACAUGGCUAACCUGACCGAGGAGUAUGAGAAGCGUGCCAAGUCACUCAAAGAGGCCCUCACCAAGUCACUCAAGUUCCAAGAUCAGCUCAUGAAACUUCUAGUGUGGCUACAGAAGAAAGAAGAACGUUUGUGUGAUCUUGAACCCAUUGGAACUGAUUUUGAAACUAUUAAAGACCAGUGGCAUGAACUGAAGACAUUCAAGGCCGAAGUUGAGCCGAAGCAGGUGGAGAUUGAAGCCUUGAACCACCAGGCUAACGAACUGGCUAAAGAGACGACGGCGGACCAGGCAGCCGUUGUCAAGGAACCAAUGGCCGAGGUGAACACUCGCUGGGACCAGUUCAUGGGUGGAAUCAACGAGAGACAGCGACUCUUGCAACUGGCUCUGUUGAACAUUGGCCAGCUGGAUCAUGCCAUAAAGGAACAGAUGUCUUGGCUGGGGAAGACUGAUAAAACUCUAGAUGACAUCGUCCCAGUCUAUGGGGACCCCAGGAUGGUGGAAAUCGAACUAGCCAAACUGAAGGUGAUUGAAAACGACAUCAAGGCCCAUCAGCCGAGUUUUGACUCCAUCAACGACGAAGCACACAAAGUGAUGGCGAGUGGCGGGGUGGCCGAGGCGCAGGGACUCAGACAGAAACUUAACGACCUCAACAACAACUUCGACGAGGUCUGCGAGAAAGCUGCUGGCAAAAAGGCCGAACUGGAGGGUGCCCUGCAGGAGGCCCAAGAUUUCAGCAACGAGCUGCAGGACGUGCUGAUGGCGCUGGGUGAGGUGGAUGGUCAGUUGAUCACGUCGAAACUCGUCGGGGGGCUGCCAGAGACCGCCAAGGAGCAGCUUGAGAAGUUCAUGGAAGUGUAUGCCGACCUUGAAACCUUGCAUCCUCGGAUACAAGAAACCGUGAACAAGGGAGAGAACCUCGCAUACAAGACCACAGAUCCCGCGGCUGAAAACCUACGUGGCAAUCUGAACGCUCUACAACAGAGGUGGAAUCAUGUUAAAGGCAGAGCUGAUGAUAGGAAGAAAAAGCUGGAAGAUGCUGAAAAUCUGGCUGCUAACUUCCACGUGGAGUUGAACAAGUUUAUUGGUUGGUUGACAGACACAGAGAAAACACUGAACAACCUUGAGCCGGUCAGUAGACUGGUGGACAAAGUGACCGCACAGAUUGAUGACCAUCGGGCCCUCCAGAAGAACGUGAGUAAGCACCGUGAGGCGAUGAUCGCGCUGGACAAGAUGGGCACCCACCUGAAGUACUUCAGCCAGAAGCAGGAUGUGAUCCUCAUCAAGAACCUGCUGUCUAGCGUGCAGCACCGCUGGGAGAAGAUCGUAUCGCGCAGCGCUGAGCGCACACGCCAUCUCGAACGUGGCUUCAAGGAGGCCAAGCAGUUCAACGACAUGUGGGGGGAUCUCAUCGACUGGCUCAAGGAGGCCGAGAUCGCCGUCAACGCAGACCAGUUCAUCGCCAACGAGCCAGACAAGAUCAAGGCUCAGAUUGCCAAACAUAAGGAGUUCCAGAAGAAACUUGGCUCUAAACAGCCCAAGUUUGACACAGUGAACCGCACUGGGCGAGUCCUGAAGGAGAGGUGUCCACCGGAAGAUGGUCCAGUCAUCCAGCAAAUGCUCAACGAUUUGAAGACUAGAUGGAACAACAUUUGUGGCAAAUCUGUCGACAGACAAAGGAAGCUGGAGGAAGCGUUGCUGUUUUCUGGCCAGUUCAACGAAGCGUUCCAGGCGUUGUUAGACUGGCUGGCGAAGGUCGAGCCGCUGCUCAGCGAGGAUCAGCCCGUCCACGGCGACCUGGACACAGUCAACAGUCUGAUUGACGGACACAAGACCUUCCAACAAGAGCUUGGAGCCCGGACGAACACUGUGCAGUUUGUGAGGAAGUCUGCAAAGGAGUUGAUCGAGAAGUCGACUGAGGACACGUCCCAGCUACAGGCUCAGCUGAUAGAACUGUCCACCAUGUGGGAUCGAACCUGUCGUCUCAGUGUCAGCAAGCAGGAGAGACUCGAACAGGCUCACAAACUGGCUGAAGAGUUCCACAAGAAGGCUCAUGGUUUGUUGGACUGGCUGGGAGAUGCAGAGCGACAGUUGAGAUACCGCGGCCCGGUCCCCGACGAGGAGCUACUCAUACUGCAGCAGAUAGAAGACCACAAGAAAUUUGAAGAGUCUCUGUUGCGUCAAGAAGCAAACCUGCGUGAGACUCUGAACAUCGGGCAGGAGAUCAUGAAGUUGUGUCACCCGGACGCCGUGUCCACCAUGAAACACUGGCUGUCUGUGCUCCGCGCUCGCUGGGAAGAGCUGACUGGCAUGUGUAAGCACCGAGGUCGGCGUCUGGCCGAGGGUCUGAAGAAUGUGCGUAACAACAACACGCUGCUGGACGAACUGCUGGCGUGGCUGAAUGGGGCAGAGGUGAAGCUGACCACGCUGGACAGUGAGCCCAUCCCACAGGACGCACAGAUCAUCACGAAGCUGAUCAACGACCACCAGGACUUCCAGAAUGAAAUGUCAAGCAAACAACCAGAAGUAGACCGUCUGACGAAACCGGAGAAACGGCGACCAUCAUCAACAUCAUCCGACAUCGUAUCCCACAUUCCAGUUCUGAGAGGGACGCCAAAGAUUCCAAUACGACACAAACUGGACGUGGGUGGUCGACAGACCCCUGACCACGGAUUGAGACGAAUUCCAGACAUGACCGGCCGAAGAACUCCGGACAUGAGUGGACGCCGCACACCAGACAUGAGUGGACGUCGCACGCCGGAUAUGAGUGGUCGACAUACGCCCGACUACAGUGGGAGGAGAACUCCAGACCACUCGUCGGGUCACAGGACCCCCGAGCCACAGUUCCGCAAUCCACGUGUGGGGGCGCUCUUCAACAAGUGGAGACAGGUUUGGCUCAUGGCUAUGGACAGACAGCGGAAACUUCAAGAUGCUCUAGAUUACCUCAACGAGGUUGAGAGAAUGAAGAACUUUGACUUUGACGACUGGCGGAGGAGAUAUCUCCGAUGGAUGCACCACAACAAAGCUCGGAUCAUGGACUUCUUCCGCCGACAGGAUCGGGACCGAGAUGGGCGUGUCACCAGGAAGGAAUUUAUAGACGGAAUCCUCAUUUCCAAAUUCCCCACCUCUAAGCUGGAAAUGGAAGCGGUUGCUAACAUCUUCGACAAAGACGGUGAUGGCUUUAUCAACUACAAAGAGUUUGUGGCUGCUCUAAGACCUGACAGAGAGCCCGCUGAGCCGGCGACGGACGCGGAUAAGAUCCAGGAUGAGGUGAAGCGCCAGUGUAACAAGUGUACGUGCAUGCGGCAGUUCAAGAUCCACAAGAUUGGAGAAGGCAAAUACCGGUUUGGUGAUUCACAGAAAUUGCGUUUGGUGCGUAUUCUUCGGAGCACCGUCAUGGUUCGUGUCGGUGGUGGGUGGAUCGCUCUCGAUGAGUUCCUUGUUAAGAAUGACCCAUGUAGAGUGGGCCUUUGGCGUCAGCAUCGUUUUCGCUUGCGAAGGCGAUUUCUUCAACUCGAGGAGCAGUCAAAGGGACGGACAAACAUUGAGCUGCGGGAACAGUUCAUUCUUGCAGAAGGGGUGAGUCAGUCAAUGACCGGCUUUGUUUCCAAGAGCCCGGCCGGCAGUUCUCACUCGGGAAGUUCGACACACUCCGCCAACAACUCGUGGAGCAGUCGAUCUCAGGGCUCAUCGAGCGGACCCAUCACCAAGGUGUGUUGCUGUAAUCACAUUAGUCACCACAGACAGAUUCGAGAGAAAACUCAACAUUCAUCACCAUGGAGACAGCGUGUUAAAACGAGUCCAGAUGGUGAGGUGCAACAAAUCUUAACAGCAGAUCCAAAAGGAUAUCGCAUGAGUAACGUCCGCAGUCCAGGAAAUCUUUACAGUCCGGCAAGCCGAAGCUCUAGUCGAGCCAGCACUGGUGGAGGAAGUCGUCCUGCUAGUCGAACAGGAAGUGAUGCGGGUUCGGAGGCAAGUGAGUCAGACGUGUUCUCCACCCACACCGCUGACAGUCGAGGCAGCGGAAGCCGGAGUAACACCCCCGCCAAGGGCGGGUCGAGAAUUCCAAGAAUCACACCAAAAAAGAAGUAAACCACAUCUUGACAAUUUCAAGAGACACUGAGAAAAGAAUUUUAUUCCCUGUAAUGUUGAAGUCAUGAAGGAAGAGUGAUAAAAUUGUUAACAUAUUACGAUGAUCAUUUGUCUCCCCAGCUUUUCCAUAAUGGAUUGUCCAGUCUUGUUCUGGGCCAUCCUAUUUCGGUUUGCAGGGGUAGAUGGGUAAUAAUUUGCAAGUCUUUCAGUUGCUUGUUGCUAUGACUAUUUGUACAUAUUGCCCGUUUUGUGUAACAGAACAUGACUGAAUGAACUGCAUCCAUCAGUGACCUACUUUCAUUGUUUCCAUUGUUUUGGGUUAAUGUGCAGUACUUGUGAAUCUCAUUUUUAUGUCAUAGGAUGAUACCUUUGCAGGUUUCAACCUAUCUUUAACAAAUCAUGGACAAAAUUAUUACUUACAGAGGACAAAAAAACUUGAAAAUUAUAUGAGCAAGAAACUUGCAAAUUUUAUUUGUUUUGUCUCACUUGUAGGAUUGUGUUUGGCAUACAGUAGAAGAGACCAAACAUUCCUAAUAUUAAAUGUUAAAAAACUACAAGCGUGUUGACGAUAAUUGUGUUGAUGAGAUUUCAUAAUGAAUUGAACAUUGUGUUGUGUCUCUAUCAAUAUGUUGGACAUGACUGAACUAUAUAGCUGUAAUACUGGUUACAACAACACAGAUGUUAGACAGGUUGUGAUCAGUGUCCAACAUGAAGAUAACCACUUUAAAAACAGAUGCAUUCAUUGUACUAGCUUGAUAUAUUUAUUAGCAUGUUAUUAAUUUUUUAUUUAAUUUUUUUUUACUCAUAAGUAGAUUAGCUAUGCAGUUGUAGAUAGAUUAGCGGCAUAUGCAGUGCUAUAUUUAUGUGUUUGUGUACACAAAGCAAGUACAGUUUGUAUCAAUAGAGCUUGAUGUUUAUCAUGUUUAUAUAUAUGUAUGUGCGCGUGUUCGCUAUUUAAUGGCAGAUACUGUAUGUGAUGCGAUUUGUACAAUAUACCAGUUUGUAAUUCAGCAAUGUUAGAUUGAUCUUAGGUUAGUACUGAACAAAUACUAUGAAAUACACCUUUGUCUCAUUUAAAUUAUAUAUUGUAAGACUUGUAUUAAAAUAUUUAUGUUAUUUAACAUAUGACAGUGCAAGCUGUGGUUGCAGCUGUGUAACAGUCUGUAUUAACAGGGUUUGGGGCAGUUUGUAUAUGUAUAUGGUUGCCUGUACAUAUAUAAUUACUGUAUAUAAAGAGCUACUCGAUAUUUCAUACCAAAUAUUAUGAAAGAUAGGUGUCCGUAGUUUUGUAUGUUGUUUCACAAUAACAAAAAUUGUUGCUGCUCUGUUUCUUCCAUCUCGGUUGUUGGGCAACACACCUGACUGGACAUCUGUGUUCGGUUCAUUCCAUAUACAUAGAGAAUGAAUGUAGUACGUUUUGAUAGCCACAGCUUUAGAACCAAGGCAUCACAGCUUUUGGGUGCUAUUUUGUGUUAAUUUGUGUGUUGUACGACAUCUCGUAGGUUGUGUUAUUGUGUGUCGUUUUGUCUACAUUGUGCACAAACUGAAGACCGUAAUUCUCUUGACUAAUGUAAUCUGUUUAAUCAUGACCUAUUUAUUGCUAUAUCAAAGAUUAUUAUAUUUACUUAGGCAUAUAACGAAGCCUUUGCUAUUAAAGUGUAUUUUUUUCAGUUAAACCCACAAAAAAGUAUUUUCAUAUCAUUUAACUUAUGAUUAUCAUUACUGUUCUUAUGCAGAGAAAAUAAUAAAUGCUGGUUAUUCUUCGCUUAUAAUGCCACAGUGCAUUCAUAUAUUGGUGAAAGGGCUUUCACUGCUACAAAUAGCAGUUGUCUCCCUUGCCUUAUAUAUUUUUGUUGUUGACUGAUUCUCUCCAUAGGUGACUUGAGCUAUCUUUCGAGGAGAGAACCAGUCUAACCACUCCAUGACGCCAUAUGAAUCUAGAUAAUUUAUAUUAUAGAAUAUAAUAAUAUAUUAUGUAUUGUUUAACUUAAAACAAUUAUUACUACUCUUCUUGCUACAUUCUGCAUAAUAUUGUAGGUUUGGGGAGAUAUACUUGCCAAAUACACAAAUAUGCUAACAGAAUAAAUAAAAUAUGUAUGAAU